GGUCCGAGCACUCGUCCAUGAUCACGAGCAUCUCGACGAUCGAGCACCAGGACUGGGUCGUCUCGGGCGGCAAGGACAAACGCGUGUUCGCGUACGACCUCGACCGCAUGGCGUCGACCUGGCAGGCGCUCCUCCACAGCCCGGUCAUGACCGUCUCGCAGGUCCCGUUCGACCCGCACCUCAUCCUCGCUCGCGUCGCCGCUCCCUCGAACCAGUUCACCGUGUUCGACAUCCGCUCGAGCACCAAGGCGGUCCUCAGUUUUGGCUAUGACCUCGCACCCCACACGUCAUCGACAGGUGCGCUGUCACCGACGACCAUGGGCCGGUACUACCGCGGCGACCACUGCGACAAGGUCUACGCAUUCCCUGAUUACGAAAACGGCGUCAAGCUGUGGGACCUGCGCAACGUCCGCACGACGCUCUCGAACCGCGACCUCAAGAAGCAGCACCUGAACGGCCUCGCCCGGAGCAAGGUCGUCCAGACCAUGUUUCGCGGCCGGGGCGAGCUCGACCUGCUCGAGAUGGCUCACUUCUCGAGGCUGUCGAUCCGCGGUUGAGCGUUCAGGCGGUCGUCGUCGAUGCCGACUCGAGGUGGACGAGGGCCACGUCGGCGGGCGCGGCCAGAGCGAGUUGCGCAGCAGCGCGUCUCUUCCUUACUUUCCUUUUGCAUUGCAUCUUGUGCCCUUCCCUGUCA